UCAUUUUAGUUUUGUCACAUUGUUUAUCUUGGCUUCAAUUGACGUUCUAGACAUUUAAGACUAAAUUUUAGAUUAAGAGAAGAUAUAUAUAUAUUUUUUACGCAUUAUUCGAAUUUUGUUUGAUCUCAGAAAAUCUUUGAAUGUAACAAAAAUGUCAGGCGCAGAGUCACCAAGGGAUGGUCCUGCCGCGAAUGCCGGAGUAUCUUCCAAUAUUAGCUCGUUUCGAAUGAGCGAAGGGGAUUGGAUUUGUAGUGAUCCACAAUGUGCUAACAUCAAUUUUGCUAGAAGAACCAGUUGCAAUCGAUGUAACAAAGAACGAAGUGAUUAUCAGAGUAAGAAAAAACUCGGUACAGAAAUAGGCAAAGCAGCUGCUGAAAAAUCUCGUGGUUUGUUUAGUGCUGAAGAUUGGCAAUGUUGCAAAUGUAGCAAUGUUAACUGGGCACGCCGUCCCACAUGUAAUAUGUGCAAUGCUCCUAAAUUUGUUGAGGUUGAAGAGAGAACUGGUUUGGGAGGAGGCUAUAAUGACAGAGGAGUUGUUGAAUACAAGCAAAGGGAUGAUUCUGAUAAUGAGUAUGAUGAGUUUGGUCGCAGAAGGAAAAAGCGAGAUUCAUAUUCCAAUUCCAAAAUGAAAAGGGAUUAUUACGAACCGCCUCAGAAGCCAGCAGUUCGUGAGGAAGAUGAAGAAGAAGAGGAAGAUGAUGAUGAUGAAGAGGGCGGUGAUUUAUCAAAAUAUGAUUUAUGGGGAGAAGAUGAUGUUGAAAGCACAAAAGACAAUUUGAAGAACAAAAAUGAGAGAUUUUCUAGAAAUACACUUUCUCGUUCAAGAUCUCGGUCAAGAUCUCCCAUCAAUGAGAAUAAUCUGUUUAAUAGAAGAACUAAAGCACGAUGGCAAGCUUUUUAGAUACAAAAGGAUGGACUAAACUGCGGUAAUGAUUCAGAUUUUUAAAUAAAUUUUGUAAUUUUUUAUUGUAAUUUUAAUGACUAUUUGUAUUUUUUUAACUAGAGGUAGUUUUUGUGAAUUUUAUUUAAAUAAAUGUUAU